AAACCGUUGCACAAUGUGGAAAACCUUUAAAAGUCAAGUGGACAAUUGAAAGCCAAGAAGGUCCCGAAAAGCAACCAAUGUAUUUAUACCAAGGUGACAACGAAGAAAAUCUUAAAAGACUUCUAACAAUUACCGAAGCGUGUAAUUUGAAAAAUCAAAAAUUACAGUAUACACUUCCCACAAAUUUAGCUACUGAUAACAAUUACGCUGUUUGUGAUGCCCUGAAUUGUGAAAUUGGUAAUCGUAUUGGGUUUGAAACUUCCCGCAUAGUUUGGAUAACAUCGUUAACUUCAUCGCUUGAUGGAAGAGCAUCACUAGUCCCCCGAACAGUAAUGAGUAUAAAUUAUUUCACAUAA